AUGAAUGGUGCUUUUCUGAAUUCAGUCUGUACACUGGGUACAAAAGGAGAGACGGAGAUUGAUAUUCCUUAUUUAUAUCUAACAGGGGCUGUUGGUGAAUUACCUCUUCUGAAAAGAACUCCAAGGAAUGAAUUUAAUGCAAUUCGUCAGAAAAGAGAUCUCUUAACAGCUGAGAUUGCUGCAGUUUCCUCCGGGGCUCCCAUUCAUGAGGCCUUUUCUCACGCUCAGAAUUCAUCUGGAGGUUCUUGCCCUCAGGAUUGCCUUAAUGGAGCAGUUUGUACAGAGGCAGGAGUGUGUGACUGUGAGACAUUCCAGGCACAGGGAGAACGGUGUCAAACUGUUGCAAAUGGUGGCAAAGACAGAGAUGGAAUUUGCAAAUCAUGGGGGCAGUAUCACUAUGAAACAUUUGAUGGCAUCUACUACUACUUCCCAGGAAAUUGUUCUUACAUUUUUGUGAAAGACUGUGGUGAUCCAGAGCCUCAGUACACUGUGUGGAUUAAUAACAGCCCACAUUGUGUUGGUUCAGUAUAUGCUUGUUUGCGAUCAAUCAGCUUGUUUUUUUCAAAUCAGGAGGAAAUACUCAUAUUUGGGCAUGAAGUAAGAAAGGGCAGAAUCAGAUUGACAUUGCCACAAACAAUUGGAAAUAUUUUCAUUGAGAGAUUAGCAGAUUAUAUUCUGGUGAAAACUACAUUUGGCUUUUCCCUUGCUUGGGAUGGAAACUCUGGAAUUUACAUUAAACUGAUAGACGAAUAUAAGGGCAAAACAUGUGGUCUCUGUGGAAAUUAUAACAACAAUACAUCAGAUGAUUUUGUAAUACAAAAUAGUGACUAUAAAGAAGAUAUUGCUAAAUUUGCCAACAGUUGGUCUGUGCAAACUCCAGAUGAUGCAGUUUGUGUAGCUACUGCCUCUGAUUUUCCUAGUCCUUGCUACAUUGAUGCAGAAUCUUAUGAGGACAUAUACUUCAAGUGCCAAAUACUCUUGCAGUUUCCUUUUUUUAGCUGCCACCAAAGCAUAGAUCCUUAUCCAUAUAUUUCCAGCUGUAUGAAUGACCUUUGUAGAGAAGAUGAUGAUGAAACUUACUGCCGGGCAGUGACAGAGUAUGCUAGAUCAUGUUCGCAUGCAGGCUACCCAAUACGAGAUUGGAGGGAUGAUUUUCCAGCAUGUAUUGAUAAGUGUGAAGACACUUUUAUCCAUCGGGAUUGUAUUAGCUGUUGUCCACCAACCUGUACCUUUGAGAAAGAUUGCCUUGGAAGUAACCUUCAUUGCUUAGAUGGAUGCUACUGCCCAGAUGGUCUCAUACUGGAUAAUGGAACUUGCAUUUCUUUGUCUGACUGCCCUUGUAUUUAUCAUGGGAGAGCUUUUCCUGUAGGCUCAACCAUUGAGCAAGAAUGUAGUAAUUGCAUUUGUGUUGGUGGUACUUGGAACUGCACUCAACAUGAUUGCCCUGCGGAAUGUUCAAUUGUUGGUGAUUCCCAUUUCACAACAUUUGAUGGUCGCCAUUACACCUUCCUUGGUAUAUGUCAAUAUAUUCUGGUGAAAGGCAUUGGGAAAGACAAAUUUACAAUCACCUUACAGAAAACUCCCUGUGGUCAGAACCUUGACCACACAUGCAUUCAGUCUGUAACACUUGUUCUGGAAGAUGAUAUAAACAGUCAAGUGACUCUGAACCGUGGUGGUGAAGUUCAAUAUGGCUAUUCUAGCCAAGCUUUAAAUCUAAAUGGAUAUGUUGAAAUCCAGAACUUGUCUUCAUUGUUUGUCCAGCUGAAAACUAAAUUUGGUUUAAAAAUCCAGUUUGCUAAAGAUGGUGAAAGAGUGUAUAUUCAACUCAGCACUGAUUGGAAGAAAAGAACUUUGGGUCUUUGUGGAACUUACAAUGGGAAUUUGAGAGAUGAUUUUCUUUCUCCAGCAGGAAUGAUCGAAGGAACGCCACAGCUUCAUGCUAGUGCAUGGAAGGUUUCAUCAGCAUGUCAUGUGCCUGUGAACAUCCCUGUGGUUGAUCCUUGUAACAUUAACCAACAAAAUGCUGGAUAUGCAUCCCAGUGUGAUGUCAUCAAUCAAGACCUCUUUGCUCCAUGUCAUGUCUACAUCAACCCAGGGCUAUAUUACCAGCUGUGCCGUUUUGAUGCUUGCAAAUGUGGGAGCAGCUGUUUGUGCAAUGCCCUUGCACACUAUGCCCAUGUAUGCAGAAAGCAUGGAAUUAGUAUUGACUUCAGGUCUCAAGUCUCAUAUUGUGCAUUAGUGUGCAGAAGUGGUAUGCUGUACCACCCAUGUUCUUCUUUUUGUGAACAUUCCUGUUCUUCCCUUUCUGUUUUGGAUACUUGUGAUCAUGACUGUGCAGAAGGAUGUAACUGCCCUCAGGGAAAAUACUUUGAAGACUCUAUCAACUUUUGUGUGCCAGUGGCUAGUUGCCGGUGUUACUAUAAAGGAAGAAGUUUUCAACCCGGGGAAAUUAUGCCCACACCAUUAGGCUCAUGCCAGUGUCUAAAUGGAACAAUGAGAUGUACUGAAGCCACUGCAGCUCCUGCAGUUCAGACAUGCCAUGAAGGAAAGAUCUACUAUGACUGCCGAUCUCAUGUACCUGGCUUGCCAUCUGCUGGGGUAAACUGUGAGCUGUCUUGUGCAAACCUAGCCAUGAACUUUACCUGUGCACCAUCUCCACCAUGUGUAAGUGGUUGCAUCUGUCCUCCUGGGAUGGCAGAGCACAAAGGAAAAUGUUACGUGCCUGACAGUUGUCCAUGUACCUGGAAAGACUGGGAAUACAUGUCAGGUGAAACGAUAGCUACACCUUGUUACACAUGUAUUUGUCGGCGUGGGGUAUUUAAUUGCACCUACUAUCCUUGUCCUGCUGUAUGUACAGUCUAUGGGGACCGACAUUAUUAUACCUUUGAUGGAUUAGAGUAUGAUUAUGUCAGUGACUGCCAGGUUUAUUUGGUAAAGGGUGCCAACAGUUCAAACUUGUCUGUAAUUGUUCAAAACAAGAAGUGCUUCGAUAAUGACAUUGUCUGCUCAAAAAAUGUUUUUAUUUCUGUUGGAGAUGCUGAGAUUUUUUUCAAUGAACCCCUAGACUUACAGAAACAUGAAAACAAAUCCAAGUAUCAGCUUUGGAAGGCAGGAUUUUAUAUAGCAGUACACUUUCCAGAGCAGGAGAUCACAGUACUAUGGGACAGGAAGACCACAAUUCACAUCAAAGUUGGAGCUCGGUGGAAGGGGAAAUUGUCAGGCUUGUGUGGAAAUUUUGAUAAAUACACUUCAAAUGAUCUGAUUACAUCCAACAACAUGGAAAUAAAAAAUGCUCAGAUUUUUGGAGAGAGCUGGGCAAUAGGACAGUGUGCAAGUCCCAAUGAAACCAUAAAACCAUGUGAAGUCCAUCAGAGCAAGUUCCCUUACGCCAAAAAGGAAUGCUCAGUUUUGUACAGUGAUGUUUUUGCUCCCUGUCGCAACGUGAUUGAUGUUACAUCAUUUGUCAAAAAUUGCCAUACUGACACAUGCAAUUGCAAUCUUGGUGCGGACUGUGAAUGUCUGUGUACAAGUAUUGCAGCUUAUGCACACAAAUGCUGCCAGGAGGGCGCAGUAAUUCAUUGGAGAUCUCCUUCUCUCUGUCCUUAUGACUGUGAUUAUUACAACCAAGGGCUUGGAGAAGGACCAUACAUUUUGGCCAGCUAUGGUCAGAAUGAUACUGUUAUAGGAGUCAAUAUCACCAGCAAAAAGAUUUUUCCUUUGCCUAGAAUCAGUAUCAGUGGAAAUGUGUAUUUUAAUUUUAUGUUAACUCCUGGACUUUUCAAAGAUAAGAUACUAUCUCCAUCUCUGGUUUCGCUUGAGUCUGCAGAAAGACCAAACUACUUCUUAUAUGUUCAUGACAACAAAAGCAUUUGCUUAGAACAGUGGGAUGCAAGGCCAGCAUUUCGUAGAAGGGCGACUUUCUUCCAUCAUCAGGGUCUUUGGAUCCCAGGUUAUAGUGCAUUUGAACUGCAUAGGAAGAAAGGUUUCUUCAUUAUACUCACUACCUCUGCUGUGAAAGUAUCAAAGUAUGACAACUCUGAAGAAUUUAAACGGUCCAGCAGCUUCAGUAUAGAGGAACUUCAUACAGCAGUGCCUUAUAGGAGGAUGUGUGAAUGGAGAUAUGAACCUUGCACAAGUCCUUGUGUUAAAACUUGCAGUGAUCCUGAAGGAACAGCAUGCAAAUUUCUUCCACCGGUUGAGGGAUGCUUACCAUAUUGUCCUAAAGACAUGAUUCUUGAUGAAGUCACACUUAAAUGUGUUUAUCCAGAAGACUGCAUACCUGUGAAACCUACAGAAUCUUCAUCUGGGACAAAGCUUACCCUGCUAAGCACCCAUCUAGUAGACACAGUGAAAACAUCUUCACAAAUGCCUCCAAAAUUUGUUACUGAAGGAGUUGAGCUAAUAUAUAUUAAUCUGACUACCAAAAUAACAACUGAGAAAAUAAAGAGUAAUGAGCAAAUGCUUACAGAUCUUCAUACAGCAGCUUCAUUUCACACAGGCACAACUUUGCUUGAUAGAUACAGUGCCACAACACCAUUUGCAAGACAUGGAUCUACAUCUCCAACAACUUUCCCAGUUGCUUCAAUCUCAACAACUACCGUAAAAACAACAUCCAACAGUACAAGUCCCAUUUUCUUCAUGUCAUUGCCCUCUGAAACUUCAGCUAUACAGCUAUCGACAACAUUUCCUCUAAUGACCACAUCCACAAAACCAUUAGGAUCUACAAUCUCUUCUGCUGCAGUAGCCACAUUACCUGUUCGACAAGAUUUUGCAUCUGCUGAAACACCUAUAAGCCUGUUAACAACUGGAAGUCUUUCCACAAGCCCUUCUCCUGUGUUGAUAGGUGCAGCAACACAAUCUUUAUUAAUAGAAAGACCAUCUCUUCCAAGUCCCACAUUGCUUACACAUUCACCAUCAACACACACAUUUACUGUGGUUUCAAAAAGUAAGCCCUAUCUGUCUUCAUUCCCCAGUACUAUGCCUCCAGUUCCCUUAUUUACUUCUAAAUUUACUGUAUUUGAUAAAAGGCCCCUUUAUAGCAUCUCAUCUUCAGACUCAAUGACAAUUCCACCUGCCUCAAAGACAGAAACUAAAACAUUGCUACAUACAUCUGUUUCAUCACCAAAAACACUUGUAACCCCUGAAUAUAUUGUUCCCUUAACUACAAAACAUUUUACCACAACUGCCGAUAUACACAGUGGAAUAUCAUCUUCAGUUGCUACUCAAAGACCUACAACGUUAUCUUCAUUGGGUCUGAAUGUGACACAUUCAAUGUCUGCAUUAGUGACGCCUCCAAUUACAUCUCAGAGACCUAAAGCAACUGGAGAAGUUACAAUUGUCUCAAAGAGCUUUCACAUAGGACCUUCCACAGGUUCUUUCCCAGGUGUCCCUCAAGCUUCCAAACCAUUUUUAGCUAGUACAGGUCCAAAAGAAAGUAAAUACGUACUGCCUACAGAUUCAUCUGCAGUACCAGCUGUUUUUAUGAGUUCAUCAGAGUUUACUGGGACCAGGGCUUUGCCAAGUAGUACUUCAGAGUUACCUAUAAAGAUGUCAUAUGAUACUGUACAAACAACUUCUAAAGCCAGUGUCGAUAAGUUUGUCCCACAAACAGAAUUAAAAGCUUCAUCUGUAGUUCACAGUGCAGAUACAUCUACUACUUUUGCAGAGUUUUCAGGAACUUCGUCUUUUGCAAGUCCAUCUGUUUUACUCACAGUAUUAACAAGAUCUUCUACUCCUCAGAUCUCUGUUUCAGCAUCUCCUUCUGCACAUUCAUCAAUAAUGCACCAAACUGGCAUGACUUUUCCUCUGAUACCAACUGCUACUCACAUACAAAUGCCAGUGGUAUCACUUGGUGAGAAAGCUACCUCAAGAAGCCCAGAUUCUUAUCUUGCAGCAUCUCCUUCAGUUAUUCCUUUAUCAAGUGCAGAUAUUUCUACAAUAGGUACAACAUAUUUACCUCCUGUGAAGGUCUCAGAUGAAGCUGUGCUGUCUUGGGAAGCUACAAGUUCUUUGACUAUUCCAGUGGACAAUAGAACAUUGUCCUCAUUACCAAGUACAUUCAGUACUCAGUUUGCAGAGCAAGCAUUUACUGUGGGUGCACUUUCAAAUAUUACAUCAGUUCUGGCAGAUGUUACUGAAAAGUACUCCCUUAGCCCCUCAGUUAGUUUACUAUCAUCUGUGGGCACAACAAGUCCUCCUAAAACUAAGCAAGUUACUGAAUUCUCUCCUGUUGGUUUGAAAUUUCACACUGCUACAGAAUCAGUUCCAAUUCCUGCUACCUCCCAAACAAUGAUGUAUGCUCCAAAUAUUACUUUGUUUACAUCCAGGCUUUCCACAGAAGCCUUCAGAACAAUGCCGAUUAAAACGGCAGAAGUGAUUACCUCAGGUGGAGGAGAGCUGAGUGUAGCACAGACAUCUGAACUUAAAAAUGCAACUUCUGGUAGGGAAACUGCAUAUUCCCUAGCAAGUAAUCAAACCUCAGAAAUACAGGAAAGUACACACACUAAAGAGCUGUCACUGCUCCCAAUUCAGGUGACUCCAUUUAUCAGUGAAGGCAGCACAGUGCCAGCAAAACCAGUCACACUCUCUGAUGUGACAGCAUCUGAUUGGUCUAGAGUUCCUCCACCAAAAUCAUUUGGACCUUAUUACAGUGUGACCGAACCACAGCAAAUAAGGAUCACUAGCUUACCAAAUGUCACAAUAACAGAUUCAUCACGUUCUCCUGCAGUGUCUUUGGGAACACAAAAAUCACAGGUAGAAAUGGAAGUGAUGGCAACAGAAAGUGCAGAAUAUGCUUCCUUUGGCACAAUGAUCCAUUCCCUUAUGUCUGCAACAUCCCUUGAGUGCACGCCACGGUAUCUUGAUCCAGUAGACCAAUGUACUCAGUAUGUGUGCAUUAAUAUGGGAUGGAUGCUGUACAACCUCUCAAGGAACUGUCAUAAAAAUGUGGAGAAACCUGACUGUGGUUUUCGAGGGAUGCCAAUUCAAAUUAACAGUGACAGCUGCUGUCCAGAAUGGGAAUGUCCUUGUCAGUGCUCUGUCCUGUCUGAAUUGAGCAUUAUUACAUUUGAUGGAAACAACCUAGCACUGUAUAAAGUAGCUUCCUAUAUUUUAGUCAAGCUACCCACGGAGAUUAUUGUGGCUCAUAUUGAAAAAUGUCCCACUAAUCAGAGUGCCAAUUCAAUAAGAAAGCAUGCUCCCCCUGGAAGUGCUUCAGGUCUCUGUUUUAAGAAACUUAACGUAACAACACCAUUAUAUACAGUACUUAUCAAUCGUUUAGCAAGAAAGGUUGUUGUGGAUGCAGUGAUUCAGUCUUUGCCCUUCUUGAAACAUGGCUUAUGCAUUCAGGACACUGGUGCUAUGUAUGUAAUCAAUACACCAGCUGGCAUCAACAUUAAAUGGGCCCAUGUUACAGGCAUUAUAGACAUCCAGUAUGGUUUUCAUUCUAAUACAUCCACUAAAACAGAAGGACUUUGUGGUGUCUGUAAUGGUGAUCCAGUUGAUGACUGGAAAAUGCAGAACAGAACAGUGAUCACAAAUAUGGAAGAAAUUGAGGCUUUCAUUAAGAGUUGGGAAAUUGAGAAGUCCAUUGAUGUGACCACAAGGAAACUUGUAAGAAAUUGUACAGAAGAUAAUUGUACAUAUUGUAUGGAGCUCUUAAACAGAUGGGUUUUUGUCCCCUGUCACAAGAAAGUUUCACCACAAGACUUCUGUGAGAAAAUGUGGAUCAAUAAUACUUACUUUUGGAAUUAUGAAUGUGAUGCACUUUCCGCAUAUGUGGCAUUGUGUAACAAACAUAAUAUCUGCAUUAAAUGGAGGACACCAGAUUACUGUUCACUCAGUUGUCCAGAUGGAAAAGAAUACCAGCCUUGCGUGCAACCCUGUGCUGCCAAAACAUGUCUAAAUAAAUGGUUCUAUGAAGAAUCACCAUGCUCCUACUUAAGAGAAGACUGUGUUUGCAAAAAUGGGACCAUUCUUCAUAGAACAGACUCUGACCUUUGCAUUCCAGAAGAAAAAUGUGCCUGUACUGAUAAUGAAGGGCACCCUCACUCUGUUGGAGAGGAAUGGAAUGGCUCCAAUAAGGGAUGCUGCAUGUAUAAAUGUUUGGAGAAUGGAAGCAUUAUUUCUAUAGAGCCUGAAUGCAAAAAAGAGCCAACCCCAAUAUGUGAGCGUGAGGGUGAAGUGAUUAUUAAUAUAAUCGAAGAACGAGCUUGCUGUCCAAAGAAAAUAUGUGAGUGCAACAUGACUUUGUGUGAUUCUAUCAUACCAAAGUGUAAAAAUAUGGAAAAAUUGGUUGUGGGAUAUAGUCCAUAUUCCUGUUGUCCUCAAUACCGAUGUGAAUGUGAUGCAUCAGCAUGCCCAAAUGCUUCUCGACCAGAAUGCAGAGAAGACCAAUUUAUUGUUGAAGCAAAGCAAGAGGAUCCUUGCUGUUUCUCCUAUUUGUGUGUUUGUGAAUCCUGCAUUGAACCUAUCCCACUAUGUAAUGAAGGGGAAAUUCUCACUGUACACCGUAACACUACACACUAUUGUUGCCCUCAUUAUCACUGUGUCUGUGAUGAGACUCUCUGUCGCUCACCUCUUCUGAAUUGUUCUGUUGAUAUGAAGCUGGUGAAGAAAAGAGUACCUGGACAGUGUUGUCCUGACUGGAUCUGUGAAUGUAACUGUGAAAAUUUAACUGUACCAGCAUGUAAAGUGGGAGAAGUUCAGAGAAUAGAUUCUAGUGUUUCUACCAUGUGUGGAUGUCCUCAGUACAUUUGUGAAAAGGACAAUGUCUGUGUAUUCCAAGAAGUGACCAUUUUGAGCCCUGGGCAAGCCAUGAUUCAAUAUUUGGAUGGAGAUCUCUGUUACACAGCAAAAUGUUCACAUGAGAGAGACCCCAACACAGGAUUUUAUGCUAUGGAUCUUAUCGUAGUAAACUGUUCGAAAAAAUGUGAAGCUCACCAAGUAUAUGUUCCCUCACUAAGUCAGCAUUCUUGUUGUGGUUCUUGCAUAAAUACGUCAUGUCCUUUCGAUACUGGCAAUGGAACCCUAGUUAUUCACGAAGAAGGAAGCACAUGGGUGUCAAACUGUAUUAAAUAUGAAUGUACAAAGACAGCUAUAGGUGCAAUAGUACUUGGAUCGAACAUCAUUUGCCCACCUUUUAAUGAGACUGAGUGUACAAAGAAUGGAGGCACUGUACAGACAUAUAAUGAUGGCUGCUGCAAGACCUGCAAAAGGGAUGAUAGGAUUUGCCAAAAGGUGACAAUCAGAACAACUAUCAGGAAACAUGACUGCAUAAGUCAGAGUCCUAUUAAUAUGGCUUCUUGUGAUGGAAAGUGUCCCUCUGCCACAAUUUUUAAUGUCAACAUUAAUAGCCAUUUAAGAUUCUGCAAAUGCUGUCGUGAAAGUGGAGUCCAGAAUCUAACAGUGCCACUUUACUGCUCAGGAAAUGGCACUGAAAUUAUGUAUGUGAUCCAGGAGCCUACAGACUGUUCAUGUCAAUGGACCUGAAAAUUAUAUGGAUAUCCUAGAUAACUGUAUUCAAACAGCAUUAUAUGUUUAUUAUUAUAUUCAAAUGUCAUAAAGUAUAUUAAUAUAUACAUAUUUCUCAUGUCUCUGACAUAUUCAGAAAUUUAUUCAUGUUUUUGAACAUUAUAUUAAAAUAGUACAUGUCAUAUAUGUAACAGUUAAUUCAUCUUUCAGUAAUCUAUUUAUGACAGAUUUGUGAAUUAAACACUUCAUGGGAAAGCGAUGUUAAUCAUAUAUACUUGCUUUAGAGUUGUUACAACUCACAAACCAUUCUGCAGCUUAUUAGAACAUCCGGGUGCACCAUUUAUUUGUGCAUUAAGCGGAACCCACUGUGCAAUGUAAUGUCAUCUGGUGUUUUACUUAUUAUUUUAAAUAUAUGUGACACACUAAUAUUAAUUGUUUUUAUGAUGUGUAUGUUUGUAACUUUCAGAACACUUAAAAUUUUUGUAUAUUCUGUAUAUUUAGAAAAUUCUAAUUAACGCCCUUUAACAUUUUUUGGGGAGAUGCAGUGGGUCAAGUGGCUAAGAUGCUGAC